AUGAUCCCUAUACUUUUGUGCUCGUUACUGCUGGCACUUGUUCAAUUUGGUGUGUCCCAGACGGUCUCCUCCAGCGAUGGCUAUACCGGCUACUCGCUCAGUGUGACCGGUAACGACACUGAUUCGGCGGUCUACGAGACUGAGGAAACCGAUACGUCGGACGGCGCCGUGACAGACGCCAGCACGCCGCCUGACGUCUAUCUCAAUGCGAGCGUCUCGGUUGGCGAGAUCGACAUCACGGUGAAGAACCUGUCGGCGAAGAUCAAUAUUGACGCCCAAGUGCUGUCCCUCCUUCAGUUCAACGCUGGUGUCGACCUAAGCAUCAACGCUGUGGUGCUGAACAUUCAGAAUGUCACCGCAAAGGUCGAACUCGAGGCACGGCUGGAGAAUCUGGUGCUCAUGAUCAACGACACGCUCAACUCAAUCGACCUCAACCCAAUAAUCGCCACGCUGGGGUCCGACGUCGGCUCCCUGGUCGGCACUGCUCUCGGCGGCAGCAGCACGAGCAGUAGCAGCGCCUCUUCAUCCACAAGCGGCCUGUCUGCACGGUCGGUGCUUCUUGACGAAGGGAUCCUCUACUCGGUCAACGACUACAGUGGCAACACGCACACCAAUCGCAUCCUCGACCAGGCCGGAAAUAUUGUGGACCAGAAACUCCACAACGAUGGAUCCGUCUACUCGUCUCAGGUGGUCGGAUCGUACUGGCACGACAUGGCGUUUACCGGGCACGAGCGGGCGGUCCUCUUUAACGGCGAAAACGCGAAGGAGUUGGAAUAUUCGUAUUCGCCGUUCAAUGGCUUCAGCUCGAUCGCCGCCAUCUAUCAGGAUGCCCAAGGCAACGUUCUGGGCACGAGGGUGUUGAGUGAAAUUGAGGGCGGAGGAUCGAGCACGAUUGCUGACGAUUGA